UUAGAGGACGAAUAUUCUGUUUAGAAGCCGAUAUUUAGAAUAUUUGUCCUCUUGGGCUCCAUUAUUAAUCGAACCUCCUCCGCCGCUGCACCAACGCGAUGAUGAGCCCCGCGGGAGCCAGCGGCCUUCCUGCGAAGCCGCUGCAGCCGGCAUCCACCCACAUCUCCGCCGCCGAGAUCGCGGAGGAGUUCUCCCACCACCACCCCUCCGUCGCCCGCCUCAACAACGGCAGCUUCGGCAGCUGCCCCGCCUCCGUCUCCGCCGCCCAGCUCCGAUGGCAGCGACUGUUCCUCCGUCAGCCCGACGAGUUCUACUUCCACCACCUCAAGCCCGGUAUUCUCUGCUCCCGCGCCCUCGUGAGGGACCUCAUCAACGCCGUCGACAUCGAAGAGAUCUCCCUAGUCGACAACGCCACCACCGCCGUCGCCAUCGUCCUCCAGCACGCCUCCUGGUCCUUCGCCGAGGGCGCCUUCCGCAAGGGGGACGCAGUCGUCAUAUUCCAACACGCCUACCCCGCCGUCAAGAAGGCCAUCCACGCCUACAUCGCCCGGUCCGGCGGCCACGUUAUCGAGGUACCCCUCGCCUUCCCCGUCUCCUCCGACGAGGAGAUCAUCCGCGAGUUCUGCAACGCCCUGGAUCGGGCCAAGGCGGAGGGACGGAGGGUUCGCCUCGCCGUGAUCUGCCACGUCACCUCCAUGCCCAGCGUCGUCAUCCCCGUCAAGGAGCUCACAGCAAUCUGCCGGGAGGCAGGCGUCGACCAGGUGUUCGUCGACGGCGCCCACUCCAUCGGCAACGUCAAGGUCGACGUGCAGGACAUCGGCGCUGAUUUCUACACCAGCAAUUUCCACAAAUGGUUCUUCUGCCCUCCCUCCGCCGCAUUCCUGUACGCCCAAAAAGCUCCGACCUCGCCCCCUCUGCACCACCCGGUCGUCUCCCAUGAGUACGGCAACGGCUUACCGACAGAGAGCUCGUGGAUCGGCACCCGCGACUACAGUUCCCAGCUCGUGGUGCCGUCGGCCAUGGAAUUCAUCAGUCGAUUCGAGGGCGGGAUCGAAGGCAUCCAGGAGAGGAACCAUGAGAGCGUUGUGAAGAUGGGCAAGAUGCUGGCCGACGCAUGGGAAACGCUUCUCGGGUCACCUCCAGGGAUGUGCUCUAGCAUGAUCAUGGUCGGAUUGCCGAACUGCUUAGGGGUUUCGAGCGAGACGGAUGCUCUGAGUUUACGGAGCUUGUUGAGGGAGGAGUUCAAGGUUGAAGUUCCAGUUUACUUUCAUCCUGAGGAGGAUAAGAACCAUGGUGUUACUACUGGCUAUGUGAGGAUUUCUCACCAGGUGUACAAUGUCGAGGAUGAGUAUUAUAGACUCAGAGAUGCAGUUCUUAAGCUGGUGCAGGAUGGCAUUACUUGCUCGAUGAUUCUGUCUGAAUGACUUCAGAAGGUUUAGUCGAGAAGAGGGCGAGCAGCAGCACAUGACUGGUAGACGGUAUCGGGGAUCAGCGCGUAAGUUGAUCCAUCUAUUUAUUACCUUGCUCAGAAAGUUGAAAUAAAACCGAGAUUAGCGCAUAAGUGGAUCCAUCUACUACUUAUUACCUGGCUCAGAAAAUUGAAAUAAAGCCGAUUUGUCGGUCGAUGUUGGCAGUCA